CUUUGUAGGCUUCGCUAGUUUCCUCAACCAAACACUCAACUGAUAUUGUGUGAUAAAACUGGAAGUCAGCCGGCGGACGAGGGGCUAUUUGGCCAGAAAAAGCACCCAAACCCCGCAGCCCUCGGCGUCGCGAGCAAACCCAACCGCCUCCGUGCCGGAAGUUGUCUCAGCAGCAGCGAAGACGGCGAGAAUCGUUGCUUUUAAAGCCACCAAAGGCUGGUUUUUAUUUUGCUGUGGCUGUCGAAAGGCGGGGAAUACAAAGCGACGUGUGGUCAAACCCAUUACAUUUUGGACUCAUUGAGGCAAAAACGGGAUUACUACAAAUCCAGUUCGUGCUGCUGUGACUGGUCAGCGAUAGUACAUGGAUUAUCUGUGUUUCCGGGCACUGUGCUGUAAAGGACCCCCGCCACCAAGACCAGAGUAUGAUGUGGUGUGCAUCGGCCUGACAGGUGCUGGAAAGACCAGCCUGCUCUCACGCCUUUGCAGUGAGGGCAGCGAAGGCAUCGUUGCCACAACAGGUUUCAGCAUCAAAGCAGUGCCAUUUCCAAAUGCCAUCUUGAAUGUAAAAGAACUUGGAGGAGCCGACAACAUCAAGAAAUACUGGAGUCGUUACUACCAGGGGUCACAGGGUGUAGUCUUCGUAUUGGACAGUGCCUCAUCAGAUGAGGACCUUGAGGCAGCCCGUAAUGAGCUACACUCGGCCCUACAGCACCCGCAGCUCUGCACACUGCCUUUCCUCAUCCUCGCCAACCACCAGGACAAACCCGCUGCAAGAACGCCAAACCAGGUGAAGAAGUACUUCGAGCUGGAGCCGCUGGCCCGAGGGAAGCGCUGGAUCCUGGAGGGCAGCACCACCGACAACUUAGAGGCCGUGAAGGAGAGCUUUGGUCAGUUCAUUAGCCUGUUGGAGGACAAAGACACAGAGCCCGCAAGGAUAUGAUGCUAACGCCGCUAAUGCUAAGAGACAUUAGUGGCUGACGACAACGAAACACCACAUCCUGCUGGUGCCCAUGUACACACACAUACCCACUCAUGCACAGACAUAAACAUGCACACACGAGAAAACACAGCAGACGUCGGCCUCUCCGUUCGAGAAGUGUAUUGUAUGUUAUUCUCCCUUCACUUUGCUCUCAUCUUUCAAACUAGAAGAGUGUGUGCCACUACAGCCCGUCAGAGGAAAGCUGCCAUUAAAACCACCCAGUGUAAAGCCAGUUGUCAAGAAAAAUCAUUGAACUUUGCCCGAAAUGGAAAUCUUGUUUACUGCUGUCUGCGCCAUUGUGAUUAAACCAGCGGCACGUGGGACAUGUGGCAUUCCUUCAGUCAUCAACGGACACUUACACACACAUUCUCACCCUAACACACACACACACAGUCACACACAAAGUGGAGCCCCGGUUGUCUGUAGAUAUGUUUAACAUCUCCAGUAAUUACUUUACAGGAUGUUUGGGUGGGCUCAGUUGAUGUUCUUUUCCACUGAGAAGUACUGUAUGGCUGUCAAGUGUGCUUCUCAGUUUGACUUGCUAACAACGAAUGUCGUUGUGUGAUCGGAGUCCAAAACCUUGUGUUAUGUACAGUAGUUACAUAUCGGUGCGUUACACCGUGUCUGAAAAUAUAAUCUGAAUAGCGUAGUCUGAGUAUCUCAUGGAGUAUUAUGUACAUGCAAACAGGCAUAUUGCUGUGUACCCUCCUGUGCAGCCAUACACAAGUACUACUAAUCAUGUGACUUAAGUGCUAGAUGACUUUAUGGAGACCAUGUGGAGGAAGUGGGAACAAGUCUGAAUGCUUUUAUAAAUGUGCAAUUUAGGAUAUAUUUUAUAGCUCUGUAUGUUAAUCUCGUAGAGCUGCGUUCGGAUUUUUUAUAACUCAUACCACACUUAUGAAUUCUUUCAAAUCAAAGACCAAAAAAAAAAAGAAGAAAAAAAAAAAAACAUUGAUGAUUGACGGGGCUGGCCAAAGCCACGAGGUAGAGAAGUGUGAUGGAUUUAGUUUCAUUUCAAUGUUCAGCAAAUGUUUGUUUUUAUUUUCUGUAUUUUUUUUGUCCUUUUGAAUUUGACAUAAUCCCUCUCUUAACACCGGCUAGCAACUCCAGUCUCCCAUCAGGGUGGAAUACAAACUCUAUCAAUCAGCCACAGCAACAGCUGCAUCUGACAAGUCCCUGUCCGACACCCUAAUGCCUUCCAACUGUCUGUGAAGACCCCUCCCUGUCUGCUGUUUAUCGCGGACCCCCACCCCACCCCACCUCAUCCCAACCAACACCACCCCUCCACUCCAGCUCCGCUCCCUGUCCCCAUUACUGCUCGGUGGGGCUUUUUAUCCCAGAUGCCAACGUUGAGCCCGGCUGCCCUCGUGUGGACUCCACACCUCUAAAAUGAGUCGUAUUCGUUCUGUCACAGGUGUGCUCGUCCCCAAAGAUGUGCUUCAGUAACGGAUAAUGUUCACACCUCCUCCAUGCGUGCUUUGUAUUUCUGUUGCUGUUGUUUUGUUCAGUAUUUUGUCAGGUUUUUAGAAAUUCAGUCACCUUUUGUACCUGACGUCAGAUCUGCCAGGUAGUUUUUUACAGUCUGGAUGGAUCGCUGCAUUCGCUUGAAUGCAAACUAAAUCUGUCAUUGGACUUUGCAUAUCAUCGGCUCACACAUAGGUUUUAAAAUAUUAACUACAAUCUCUUUUUUUUCUUUUUGUAUUUGUUUUUCAAUCAUGCGUUUUGUCUAAAAUAGCAAUUAA